AUGAACACCACCAAGUGGCUAACCAGAUCAAUCCAGGGCUAUUUUGAUAGUAUGACCAACCCUCGAACGAACAGCCUCGCCGAUAUCACAGACCAAAGUCCUCCGGAGGGGGAUCAAUCUCGAAACUCAGCAAUGCCGUUGUCCAGCCUCCAGAAUGUGACAUCUCCAGCCCCGACGCCGCCGAGACGAUUCAACAUCCCAGGAUUUGGAAUUGUAACGGAGGUCAUGACCAAAAAAAAGGCCGGCCAACAAGUUUCAACAACCGCUGGAGGAAGGCCCCCUCUCCCACUUCCCACCAAGAAACCUGUUGAACAAACCAACCCAUGGACCGAAGUUCCCAAAAGGCGGUCAGCCAGGGUACCCGUCGUUCAAAUAGCCAAAAAAGCUCAGCAAACAGCUAAGAAGUCCAAACAAGCGCCAACCGCAGAGGAGUAUAGGACCACGGGACGAGCGAGCAUCCGACUCGACCCAGGCUUGUCAGGGGACGAAGCCAGCGAAGGCGAAGACCAAUCUGAUGACAGCGAAGUUAAUCAACAUGUUCGAAAGGUCUUGACCCAAAACGUGACCCGAGCUCAAAGCAAGCAAAGCAAGCCCAGAACCAUUGGAAGUCAACACCGACAGCACAUGACGAUCAAUUCGACUGAUGAUGAAAGCAGCCCUAGUCGAGACCAGCCCUCGUUGAAGGACCUCGGGAAAGAAUUUGGCAGUGAUGAAGAGUCCACUGACAAAGAAGGCCAACGACAAGGGGACCCUGAGGACCCAGGAGAAGAAGACAUGGACUCAUUCGAGGUCGCCAAUGGUGAGUUGAUGAACCUCGAACAAUUCAGACUUGUGUUAAACGACUACCCCGAUGUGAUGUAUAACCCAGACGUCCCAGUUCAAUUUGGGAGGAUGGCCACUUCCAGCAAGUCCAAAAACCCCCCAGGUCGCAACGCCAGGACGACCAAUUCAACCAAUCCAAACCGACACAUCGGCGGUGGGUCUUUGCCCAAGGGCAACUCGAAUCCUCAGCCAGCUCAUCGUUCAAACGAAAAAGGUGUCAAUCCCAUCACGAAAGCUUAUCCGAAAGACUUAUCGGCUAGUCACAUCACCCCUCACCAGAAAAGGCAAAUGACAAGAAUGCCAUCGACCACCACAACCAUCGGGGGGGCUUUGGGCAUUCCUAGUCUUGCCAAGGCUUCCCUUGACGAGAUGAAGGGCAUGCUAGCGAUAUGGAGUCGUACGAGAGAUAACCUAGCCAGAUCAAUGCAAGACUUGCGUACCCCCGGCUACAACAUCAAAACCCCGAGUGCCUACGAGACACUGGCGAGCCACCACAAAGCCAUCGACAUGUUUUGUUCAAGAUUGGGCUCACGAAUUCAAGACGCAGAGACCUCUGGGCUUUCCAACGAAAUAGAAGUCAUCGACUUUGUAGACUUGACACGUGAUGCUCCACAUGGAAACCCUGCCGACCGUUCCAAUUUACGUCUGAAACGUCCUAGUGCUCUCUCCGAUAUCGAAGAUGAAGAGGAUAGUCCAGUUAAUAGCAAAAGGGCAAGAAACUCAACACCAGACCCACCAGACUUCCUCCCCAACGAGCGACGGGCCCAGAGGCCUAGUGUUAACACCAACAACAAAGCUAACAAGUCGAAAGAGGCAUCUGGACAUCAUUCAGCGGCCACCAACGCGGGUACAGCAUCCAAUCGCCACAAGGGACGAACAAGCCCAACACCAGACCCAUCAGAGCUUUCCGAAGCAGAAGACGAAGAAAUACCCCCCCCUACGAAAUCAAAAUCCCAGCCGAAAAAUAACAAAUCUAACAAGUCAAAUGAGCCAUCUGCCCAUCGUCCAGCGGCGACCAACGAGGGUACAGCAACCAAUCGCCGCAAGGGACGAUCAAGCCCAACACCAGACCCAUCAGAGCUUUCCGAAGCAGAAGACGAAGAAAUACCUCCCCCUACCAAAUCAAAAUCCCAGCCGAAAUCGAACCCCAAGGGCAAGAAGAAAGAGAAGAAGAAACCGGCGGAGAUGACUGAAGAGGAGAAGGCGAAACGAAAAGAGGAGGCUGAACGGAGAAAGCAAGAAAAGAAAAACAGCCCAUACAAUAACCCACCGAACCCAGGAGCUUUGUUGUCCAAAAUCUGGAAGGCUUCUGAUUGUCAAAAAAUGUACAACCAGUACACCAGGAUGCUCGAAAUGUCGAAAAAUCCGCAAUGGGAUUAUGGGCCGGAACUGAUGGAACUCGUGGCUGACAUGGUAGGAUGGUCAUCAGGUGACACCAUGCCGGAUGUGAUCUAUGAAAAACCGGAAUUGUUUAGUCCAACUGUGGAGGAGCUGGAGGCCAUCAGUAAAGUUAGGGAACCUGAGUUCAGGGACUGUUUGACAUCGAAUCCUCGUCUGAUGCAGGUAGCCGCCGGGGACCCGUUUUUUCAUGAGCACGUGAUCAACCUUAAACUCAUCCAGGACGCCUGCACCUCUAAAGCCAAUAGCAAAUGCUCCUCGUGGAAGGCGGUCUACAGCAUGAUGAUCAGAACAGACGCCAAAGAUGACUACACCAAUGACAUCCACACCCACCCUCUCCUGUCGGCGGGCUUUCGAAAACUCCAUACCCUAUCCGAAUCUUGUUCAGAUAAUCUUCCUCUUUAUCUCACCCCCUCCAUUGUCAGCAAAAAAAACCCCAUCCACUGGAAGCAAGACACGCUUUUCGAAGCCGGCAAGUAUGUUAUUGGCCGGAUCAAGACACUCAAAGCGAUCGAAACCGUGAAAUCUAACAACAAUGGCAACGGCCGCACCCCCAAUGGGCUCGUCGUCUUACAGAAACGAAUUUGGGAGACAUUAUUGUGCUGUCUGAUGAUGCAAAACUCGUUCUUCGUCGACUACUUGGAGGACUGUAUCAAAACGAACACAUUUCCAGACAAAAGCAUUGAGGCCGCCGCGAAGAUGAGCCCAUAUCAAAGGGAUAGGAGUCUAUUCAAAGAAGGCGACGUGAAGGACAUUAACUCGACCAAACAAAUGAAGGAGUGGGGAAAGAUCCGACUUUCGGCCUUUGGAUCCAUGGCGGUCUUUUUCUUAUACGGCGCUGCUGGGUGGUGGCACUGCCUCACCGACUCACACAAUUUCAACCAGAGGGAUGUUUGGUCCUUGGUACACCUCGCCCACGCUAGGCAUGAUUGGCUUUACGAGAAACGAAAGGUUAAAGAGCGCCGAACAGACGACACCCCCUGGUACCAAAUCGACAGUUUCGUCCGCUGGCUUCUGAGAGAGGCCAAGAUGGACUGUCUCGUCCCAUCGGAGGUUGAUUGGGAAAUGGCGCCUCGAUUCUGGGCAGAACAUGUCAACGAGAAGAAUAUUUCACGAUUGGCGAUUCAGGAUAUAAUGGUGGAAGUGUGCUCCGUUCAACCAAGGAAAUCAUACAAUUUCAAAGGGGAAGAAGCUCCAGACGUCAAAAUUCGUCGACCAAACAAAGAAAUGGCGGAAAACCUCAAGGGCCUUCUAACAGCGGCUUGGGAGCCAAUGAUAGCAGCUCACGAAAGGAACAUAGAGGAUGAAUUGGCUAGGGAUGAGUUGGAUAAUGAAGAUCAAAACUCGACACCACCUCAACCAUCGAAAGCAGCCCCCUUAUUCAAACCCCCUUCCCCCCUCUCCAAGGGUCCACAUGGCCCCUCUGCCGCCUCUUUCGUGAUUCCGGGGAAAAUCCGAACGCCGAGGGCAGAAACCGAAACAGAAGAGGAAGAGGAUGAGGACCACCAGUCUAUGAAGGGAAAGAACAAUCAAGGUAGGGGGACAUCUGAGACUUCUGGCCGUGGUGGAGACAGCAAAGGUGAGGACGAGAGCAGUGGGACGGACCCAAGUAGGGAUUCUAGUGAUUGGAGUGAAUAG